UCUGUGUGCAGGCAACGCUGAGCGGGGAGACACGCCACUGCUCGGCUGGGCUGAUACCACCUGAGAUGUUGUUCCUCGAAAAGCCGCUCUUUUAAAACUGAUUGUUUAAGUCAGAGGUUAGAAGUAAGGGUGGCGAGUCCAGCUCUCGGUGACCGGCUGAGAGAGACAGAUGACUCUGCUGUGUCUGCGGCUGUAGUAAGGUCUGUCUUUGUUUGGCUGUGGUAUCUCAUCUUCAGCUCCAAUAUGGACCAUUUAGAGAAGGAGCACAGGUCUGACGACGAGGCUGAUUAUGAAGACGAAGAGGUGGACCCCAGAAUCCAGGGGGAGCUGGAGAAACUCAACCAGUCCACUGUCGACAUCAACACAUGCGAGACGGAGCUUGAGGAUGCAAGGCAGAGGUUCCGCUCGGUUUUGGUGGAGGCCACAGUGAAGCUGGAUGAACUGGUGAAGAAGAUCGGCAAGGCAGUGGAGGAGUCCAAACCUUACUGGGAGGCCCGCAGAUUGGCCCGACAGGCCCAACUGGAGGCCCAGAAGGCCACGCAGGACUUUCAGAGAGCCACUGAGGUUCUGCGGGCAGCAAAAGAAACCAUCUCCCUGGCCGAGCAGAGGCUCCUGGAGGAGGACAACCGGCAGUUUGACUCCGCCUGGCAGGAGAUGCUGAACCAUGCCACUCAGCGGGUUAUGGAGGCGGAGCACACCAAGACGAAAAGCGAGUUGGUGCAUAAGGAGACGGCAGCAAAAUAUACGGCAGCGACUGGCCGUAUGAAGCAGCUGGAGAAAAAACUCAAACGCACCAUCAACAAGUCCAAACCCUACUUUGAGAUGAAGGCGAAGUACUAUCUGCAGCUGGAGAACCUGAAGAAGAAUGUGGAUGAGAGGCAGGCCAAGCUGUCUCAGGCAAAAGGCGAGUACAAGACAGCCCUCAAGAACCUGGAGAUGAUCUCUGAUGAGAUCCAUGAGCGACGGCGUAACUCUGCCAUGGGUCCGCGGGGACGUGGUGUUGGUGCUGAGGGGAACAGCAUUUCUGGGGAUGACAUCUCCAGCUUUAAGAUGGAUUCAGAUGGAAUGUCCAUGGCGUCAGUGUGUUUUGAUGACGACCCGUGUGCCGGAGGCAGCAUCAUGUCUGAAGAAGACUCUGAGACUCGUUCCACCUGCAGCCUGGGUUCGUCUCCCAGCAGCCCCCAAGAAGAGCUGUCGCCCUGCCCCUUCGCCAGCUCCUCCUCAUCUUCCUCCUGCAUGUCCUCCUCCUCUGCCUCUCCAUCACCCACUCCUUCCACCUCCUCCACGUCCUCCCCGGCUCCUUUGUCCAGGCCCUGCAGUCUUGACCUUCCCAGCACCGUGUCGCUGUCUGACUUUGGCCUCAUCUCGCCGGUGCUUGGGCCUCGCAGCGAGUGCAGCGGAGCUUCAUCACCUGAAUGUGACAUAGAGAGAGGUGACCGGGCUGAAGGUGCAGAGGGAAACCUAGACAAUGCUCCGGCCACCACCACCACCAACAACAACAGCAGCUUGACAUCCAGCACCAAGAAGAGCUUCAGCCUGGAAACCCGCUUCAGCUUUCUGAACCUGCGACGCCCACGAGCCGACAACACCAAAAACACAGACAGCCUUUCCCAGAAGACCGAGCCCGGGCAAACUGUGGUCCUGGUCAAAGGAGUCUGAAGAACAAAAAGAGAAUGUGUUUAACUGAGUUUGACUCUCACUAUGAACCAAACUGGGUGAGCCAUUUGUAUGCUAGCUGCCACUACUGCACUUCAUUUCCAAACUCUGUGGUCAAAGAGAGACUUUGAAUGUCAUAGUUAGUGUAUAUAAGCUUUGUAAAUAUACAUCGUGGCAGCAAUGUGACUCCCAUCUCCUUUCAUGAAGGACACAGCACCUUUUGAACUCAUGUCUGAGACAUAAAGAGCACUGUUAUGUUGGCAAUGUUUUUGUUACGGGUGGUGAAAGGUAAAAAUUGUUAUGAUUCUUUUUUUUUCCCACUAAAAGCUGAAAAUGCAUGUCACAAAGGCAAGUGUACACUAACUGCGUGCGUACAACCUUUGACUUGGAUAUCAUCUGAAACCUGCUCUAUUAAAUAAGUAAUUAUAAGAACUUAUUACUGUUAAAUGGCACAUGCUGUAUCUAUGCAGAGAAGUUCUGCUGAGCGCAACAGUAAAAAGUGUGAAAAUGCUAAAGCUAUAUAAAUAGCUAGUCUGAUAUGUGCUCCUGUAUUUGUUUAUAACUGUUGUAAUUUUUCAGAUUGUGUACGUGACGUGUCUUGAGUUUAGAUUUGACUGUUUUAAAAUUGUUUAUUUUCCACAUAAACUAAAAAUAUAAUUAAAUUUGAAACCCAACCCAAGUCUCUCAAUUACACGUACAGAAAAAUCCAUCAUACUCUCCUUUGACCUGAAAAGGUGCGCUUCAUCUGAACUUGGAAAAAGUCUUACAAAUAAAAAAAUCUAAUUCAUAAGAAUUUAGACAGUCAGUGAAAUCAGUACAUACAGGUGUGUGUUGCUUUAAUCGUAUUUAAGUGAUCACUGGAGGUAGGCAGUAUUGCUAUUAAAGGGGACAUAUCCUGCAAAAUCCACUUUUUUAGCCCUUAAAUACAUUUUUUGUGCACUUUGAAUGUCUAGAAGUGCAGAAAAUUAAAAUGUAUUUUCUCCCAGUGCUGCGUAGAUAUCUUUAUAUUCUUUUUGGAUCAUAUUUUUCAGUCUGUUCAGUUUUCUCUAUUCCCUAUUACAUUUUCUUGUCUAUUAUGUCACAGUAUUUGCUAUGGAACUGCUAAACAAGGUCAUGGACUUGUGGCUAACCAGUUUUGUGAAUCCGCCAUUUUUUUCUCACAGCGAUUUUGUUGUUCAAAUUCAGUUAUGCCAAAGUUGCAAGUAGACAAGGAAAAAUGUUCGGUUGUUGAGUGUAUUAACCCACAUGAUUCCUUACGUCGCCCCUGGCAUCAGAGCCUCUUCAAAGUGCCUGUUUCUCUGUAGGUAGAUACUGUAAUUGUAUUGCUGCUAUCAAACUACAAAAAUGGCCAAACGGGGUGGAGUGAAACGCUCUGUGACCAGGAGGGGGGCGGGGCAUGAAAUGUCUCAUUCAUAUUUAAAAAGCGCACCAAAACGAGCUGCUCUAAGACGCGCCUCAGAACAGGUGUAAACGAGGGGUCUGUGCAGCUACGAUAACGAGGAAUUCAGACCAAAGCAUUGCAGUUAUACAGACCACAAGUGAAUGAUUUACGUAUGAAAAGGAAGGAUUUAAAAGCAUAUGUGCCCUUUAACAGACACUACAGAGUCAUUUCACUGAGGUCAAAUAGACCUAUUUUAAUUUUUUUUUUUUCUGUCACACAUAUACUGUUAAUGUUAUGGCUCAAAUUCAGCAUAGCCAGUCAGAUAAUGCUGUCAGUUCACAGGGAAUACUUCUACAUAAGCUAACAGCUCUAAACACUCCUCUUCAGAUUUUUUUUUUCCAACACAUAUCAGUAUGAUGUAAUCGAGAGACCCUGAUAUGCUCAUCUCAUCUCAUCCACCCUCUAAGUGUUUAAAUCGUUUGUUUAUGAGGGGCAGCCAAUCAGAAGAAAGAUGGCUUAAAGGGAGAGGUAGCUAAAACACCUUGUUUCAGUCAGUGGGUGAACUGAGGGGCUGCACCAAAGUCUAAUAUAAGGUAAAGAAGUUAUUUUGAACUGUAAAUCAUAAAAAGACACUCCAGAGUCCAAGAAUAGAAAUAUGUAGUUGGAAAUGAGCCUAAUUGGUUGUCUUUAAAAAAAAGUGUCAGUGUAUGUGAUGAUUCUCCUCAAUUUGUGGAUCUUAGGAAGCCCAGGCAGCUGGCUGUCAUCUAGGGCUGAUUGUGGCCUAGAGUAAAUUAGGAGCUGGCCUAGUCUCCCUCUCUUUUGUCCUCCAUAUGGCAGCUAGGUUCCUGGACUGACGGACAGACUUUUUGCUGAGUCAUCAAAGCAUACACAACACCACUGUUAUUAAAACAGAAAAGUCAAUAUCUCCAAAAAUAAAACAGUUAAUGCUUACCAUACUUGUGUGGACUCCCUCUUUUGUUGCAAGCUGGAGUCACAUGUAAUAAAAUGGGGACUUUCCUUAGUUUGUUAGCAUUAAACUGCAGGCAAGCUUGGGAGAGAGCUCCACACCAGCUGCUUUGGAAGUAACUGCGACUUGCCUUAGGGUCUGUUAGCUGAGUGCUGGUGUUUCCAUGCUGUGUUGACCUCUGAUUUGGUGCAGGGGAGGGUCCAUUAUGCUGGGGAAUCUGGCUGGAUAAAGUGUGCCAUUGCCAGCGGGGUCUUCUAAACAGGUAGUGAAGGAUGUCUGUAAAGAGGAGCAGGAUUUAUCAGAGGUUAUUGUUUCUUAGCCUGACUUCCCUGUAUCCGUCUCCCGGAGAACAGCAGCAGGGAAGGCUCUUUUGUUUCCAUCU